GACCCAAACAAGAAAGAAAAAACCCAGGAAAAGUUAAAAACUUCGCACGAAAUUUCCAUCCCUCAACUUCUUCGCUUAUAUCCAAAGACGAAAACCUUAACCCCUCUUUUGCAGUUUUAGGAGAGACAAUCUGAGAAGGAGAGAUCUUUAACAAAAUCGCAUAUUCUUUUUUUCAAAUACCAAAAUUUCCGCUUUUUUUUUUUUUUUUUUUUUCCGUAGGCCAGGUUUGUUUUCAUUUUCUCCUUCUUUUUCGUCGCCUUAAUUUUUGUUUUUGUACUCCCUUUCUCUCUCUACAUUAAGCUCUCAAUUUCAAUUUUAUCGUAUUAUUUGUUAUUUCGGAUUUUUAGGGUUUUUUUCUCCUUUCAAUUAUUAUGUUCAGAGAUUCUUAUUCAAAGUUGAUGGCAACAGCAACAAUGGCGACAGCUGCUGGUGCAGCUGCACUGUUGUAUUAUACAUUAAACAAGAAGUUGCAAUCGGCUGAAACUGAAAUUGUUGAGGAAGAAAUUGAAGGGGUUGUUAGUGAAAAUAAUGUUCCUAUAGGGAUUGAAAGGGUUUCUACUAGGCUAAUUCGAGCACCGGCGACGUGGUUAGAGACGAUUUCGACGUUGUCGGAGACUCUUCGGUUUACUUAUUCUGAGACUCUGGGGAAAUGGCCUAUUGGGGACUUGGCUUUUGGUAUUAGUUUUCUUUUGAAGAGGCAGGGGAAUUUGUGUGUCCAUGAUGUCUUUGGAGGGAAUGACACUGUACAGCUAAAGGGUCCUCAAAUAGUUAUGGAACUUAAAUAUCUCCUGAAUUUGCUAACACUUUGCUGGCAUUUCUCAAAGAAGCCUUUUCCACUGUUUUUGGAAGAGACUGGCUAUACCGCAGAAGAUGUUCUUCUUCAGGAACCUAAGGCUGGGAUUUUGAAGCCUGCAUUUACAGUUCUUGUAGAUCACAAAACAAAGUGUUUACUUUUACUUAUUCGUGGAACUCACAGUAUCAAGGAUACUCUGACAGCUGUCACUGGAGCGGUUGUGCCAUUUCAUCAUACUGUUGUCCAUGAAGGAGGAGUAAGCGAUUUGGUUUUAGGCUAUGCGCACUGUGGAAUGGUUGCAGCUGCUCGAUGGAUUGCUAAGAUAGCAACACCUUGUAUUAUCAAAGCUCUUGAUGAGCACCCUGAUUAUAAAUUAAAGAUUGUAGGGCACUCUCUUGGUGGGGGCACUGCAGCUCUGUUAACUUUCAUACUACGCGAGCAGAAAGAGCUAUCCUCCACGUCAUGUGUCACAUUUGCUCCAGCUGCUUGCAUGACAUGGGAAUUGGCAGAAUCAGGCGUUGGUGUAAUUACUUCUGUUAUAAAUGGGGCUGAUUUAGUUCCAACCUUCUCAGCGGCAUCAGUUGAUGAUUUACGUGUAGAGGUGACAGCCUCUGCUUGGUUGAACGAUUUGAGGAACCAAAUUGAGCAGACGAGGAUUCUGAGCACUGUGUAUCGUUCUGCUUCAGCGCUGGGUGCUAGUGCUAGAGCAAAAGUUGCCGGUGCUGGUGCUGUACUCCGACCUGUUUCGAGUGGUACUCAGGCCGUUAUGAGAAGAGCUCAAAGCAUGGCUAAUGCAGCAUUGAGACGCCCUGCCAUGCUUUCUUCAUGGUCAUGCAUUGGACCUCGGAGACGUGUCAACAUCAUCCCGUCGAAUGGGCAAGAACAAUCUUCUGAAUUUACUCCUAUUGGCGCUGAAACUUCCGAACCUCUCAUUGCAUACUCUCGUGAUUCCACCUCAGAGACUCUGGAACUUCCUUUAUCUUCACCCGAGGGACUGCAAUGGAGUUCAGGGAUUGGAUGUUCUUAUUCUGAUACAAGGCAUGUGCAGCAUGAGCUAAAUGCUGAUGUUGCAGAUGGGGAGGACCUUAUGGAGAGCCCUAGAAAUGAAGAUCUCAUGACCGAAGUGGAGUUGUGGCAGCAACUUGAACACGAGCUUUAUGAUCGAGCUGAAGGUGAAGUUGAUGUUGAAAAGAAAAUAAGAGAAGAAGAACAAGCUGCAAUGGAAGAGGUUGGAGGUACAGAACCGGAGGGCUCAGCACCUGAAGUUAAAGAAGUACAUAGAUUUUUCCCACCAGGAAAGAUAAUGCAUAUCAUGACUCUUCGAGAGGAACAGGUUGAGGCCGAGGCCGAGGCCGAGGCCGAAGGAAGUGUUUCAUCGAGUGACAGUGGAAGUAGGUCAUCUAUAGAGACUAAAGUUGGAAUUUUCAUCACUCCUAGGACCUUGUAUAGUAAAUUGCGGCUUUCACAUAGCAUGAUUAACGAUCACUUCAUGCCGAUAUACAGAAGGCAGAUAGAAAAGCUCAUCAAGGAUCUUGAGCAAGAAGCUCCUGAAGGAACUGAAGUAGUUUUAUGAGCGGCAAAUGAGUAAAUUAAAUGCAAUUUUGGAGCUGGCAACUACACUGUAAAUAAGUUUACUAUCUAAUAACCAAGUUAGCCUGCAUCAGGUGCUGCAUGUUUGGAGGAGAGUGAGUGAUGCGCCACAGCAGAAAUUCAGAGAGAUGAUGCUGCCGUCAGCAGCUGAAAGAUUGUGACUUACUGAUACACAUAUGGGAGCGAGUUGGAUCGAAAGUUCUGAGGUUCUGUAUCUUUGCUUGCUGCAACCUGCCUUUUGUGGCAACGGCAUGCUGCUCCGCAAUGUAUCUCAUAUUCUCAUGCUUGGGCUGUUUAAUUCUUCUUCUUCAAUCCAAAAAUUUUGGGUUAUUGAGGAAAUGUUCAUGAAGUAAUUUUUCCUUGCCUUACAUGUGGAAAUUUGAAGCAAAAGUAUAAAUUUGCAGCCUAUAGAAUAUUACCUCAAAAUCUUUUGAUGUCAUACUUGAAACUUGUUUUACUUAAAUGGAAUGCAAUGUAUAUAUGUAUAA